AUGAUUCGAUAUCGAUUUUUGUUAUUUAUUCAUAUUUUAUGCUGUGCUGCAAUUCAUGGCAUUUUAUUAGACGCAAACGAUGCCGAAACUUGCAAUUUAUUAUGCAUAAAAUGUAACGCUUCUGCAAUAUUUGCAAACGGUAACUGUGAAUGCAAUUUUGUUGACGACAGUAACAAAGAAUGCAUACAGCAUAUACAAAAAGAAAUUCAAGCUGUCGAACUGAAUAUGCUUUCUGAUGAUCUGACAGACGAGGAGCGAAAAAUACGUUCUAUUUUAAAAUACAGACGUCGUCUCAGACCAGGAGAUGCCGAGAAAGUGGCACAGUAUUUUAUCAAUGGAGGACCAGAAGCUGGUCACUCUCAUUUUGUCAGGGUGUUCAAUGCAACUCGCGUUAGCGCCGAUUCAACAAAUUCAUUUUCGGGCGUAGUUGACAAAAAAAAAUCGUACGUGAGUCCGACUAUGCAGGGGGUAGAUCUUUCGACCUUAGGGAAACCACCCUUUAUCUAUCCAACCGGAUUGUAUGAUCCAACAACUGUUCCGUUGAGCACAAUUUCUCAUCCACAUGGACUACCUCACGCUUUAUUUAGAGCGGUCACAUUUCCCGCACACAUUUUGCACCGUAUACUACACCCUCGUGUGUACCAUCAUUAUCCUCUGCAUCAUCGCGGUAUCAUCAGAAGUACUAAUGAUAAAUCAGAUACAGAUCAGACCGUUGAUCAAUGUGAAAAUAAUGAUGGUUCCAAUACUUCCAAUUUUCCUACUGCCAGAAGUAACGCAGAUAAACAUGCUGAACAAAAUGUUCUUGGAUUGAAUGAUCCAUUACAGUAUCCAGUAGCAUACCUCGCAGACGCAUUGUACCAACCAAUGCAAUAUCAGAAUUAUCCAUAUCCAUACAAUUCUUAUUAUAAUCCUUUGAUAAAUACAUUCCAUUCCAUACCUAAUGGAUAUCUUCUUCAAUCAAUGUCACUAUAUCCGCAAGAUAAAUUAUCGGAUCCAUGGACUUCUGCGUCCAAUCCACAAUCUUUUUGCAACAAUAAUGUAAAUACUGAACAGGAAAAUGAAGUUUUAUCUGCUGACAAAACUAAAUAUUCGAAUGGAAUAGAAAAAUCUGAUGAUCCAAUUAAAAACAACUUUCCUAACGAAGAAAACAAAACAGUGAAAAAUGGAAAUGAUAAAUCAUAA